AGUGAGGGAGAAAUAAUCACAAUGUUGCCUUCUCAUGAAUUAUUAAGUAGCCCCAGGCUUCUUUUAGCACUGGUCUAAAUGCUGCAUUUUUAUUCCUGGGUCUGAAGCGGAGAGCAGGGGUGUUUUUUUGACAGCUGUAUUACUGCUGAUAAGCAAGACUCGGCUAGCUGAUCAAGUAGUGAGACAAGGAGCUGGCGCAGCCCUGCACGCAGCAGCACAGUUCCCUUUUUUCUUUUACUAGUUGAGAUCUGUUCAGAAGACAAAAGCUAGAAAGAGGGCAAGCAGAGCCAGGUUGAUAGCAGUUAUCUAAGUACCCGGACGCAGACCUGGCUGCCCACAUGCCGAUCGAAUUUGUUUGCAAAAUUAAAUUUGCAGAGGAGGAUGAGAAGCAGACAGGGAAGCAGGAAGGGGACAAGGAAAGCCUGAUUGAGGAGACCUGUAUACCUCCAGCAAAGGACCUGGCUGGAUUUGCCAACUCCUGCACCCUGCAUGGGAUUAAUCAUAUUUUUGUUUCUGGCCGAUUGGGCAUCAAGCAGACCCUAUGGGUGCUGGCCUUUUUGGUGUCACUUGCAUUAUUUUUGUGCCAUGCUGCUAGGUGUGCUAUUAAUUACUUGGAGCACCCCCACUUCACAGCUCUGGAUGAGGAGGUUAGCCGAGAGAUGGUCUUCCCCGCCGUGACCAUCUGUAACAUCAACCGCUUUCGCUUUAAUGCACUCACUGAUGCCGACAUUUACCACCUGACUAACUUGACUGGCUUACCACCAAAAAACAAAGAUGGGCACAAAGAGGCAGAUCUGAUGUAUCCUAAGCCCGACAUGGAAGAUAUCUUUAACAGGACAGGACACCAACUAGAGGAGAUGCUGAUGAGUUGUAACUUUAGUGGAGAAAAUUGCUCUGCCAAAGACUUUACUGUGGUUUACACAAGAUAUGGGAAAUGUUACACUUUCAAUGCUUUCAGGAAUUCAACUAAGAAAACUAAGCAAGGGGGUAUGGGCAAUGGACUUGAGAUAAUGCUGGAUAUUCAGCAAGAUGAAUAUUUGCCCAUUUGGAAGGAGACAAAUGAAACAUCUUUAGAAGCUGGGAUACGAGUUCAAAUACACAGCCAAGAUGAACCACCUUACAUCCAUCAGCUUGGAUUUGGGGUCUCUCCUGGAUUUCAGACAUUUGUUUCAUGUCAGGAGCAAAGGUUGACUUACUUACCUCAGCCAUGGGGAAACUGCAGGUCAGCUACAGAAAAUAUGAUUCCUGGGUACGAUACCUAUAGCAUCAGCGCAUGUAGGCUCAAGUGUGAGUCGAUACAGGUGAUAAAAGAGUGCAAAUGCAGAAUGAUGCAUAUGCCAGGUGAUGCAGCUAUUUGUACCCCUGAGAAAAUCAGUUGUGUAGAUACAGCUCUGGCUGUUUUUCAGAAGAAUUCUGAUGAUACAUGUCUCUGUGAAACACCUUGUAACUUGACGCGGUAUGGAAAGGAACUUUCGAUGGUAAAAAUCCCUAGCAAAGGAUCUGCACGCUACUUAUCAAAAAAAUACAACAAAACAGAAGAAUACAUAAGGGACAAUUUUCUUGUUUUGGACAUUUUCUUUGAAGCCCUUAACUAUGAAACUAUAGAGCAGAAGAAAGCUUAUGAUGUGGCAGGAUUGUUAGGUGACAUUGGAGGUCAGAUGGGAUUGUUUAUUGGUGCAAGCAUUCUUACAAUAUUAGAAAUACUUGAUUACAUUUAUGAGGUGAUGAAAUCUAAGCUUCACCGGCUUGUAAAACCCCAGAAAGAUCCAACCAAGAAGCAGCUGGGUAGUGUAGCAACUUUGGGAUUGGAAGACAUGAAACCUCAGGAAUCCUGCGAAAUGGUGAGAAGCCAUCCUGAAGGAGGAUAUGCUGCCACAAUACUCCCUAACCAUCAUCACCAUUCCCAUUGUGGUGUGUUUGAAGAUUUUGCCUGCUAGAAUGCCUGGUUAUUUGGUCUCCAUGAAAAUAAAUUUUCUCUGUGCUGGAAUUGGGUUCUGUUACAAACCCGUAUACUUAAGAAGUUGGUUCUACCUUUUUUGUCAUCACCAGUGAAAGCUACAGCCAAAGUCUUUAACACCAAGCCUGUGCUGAUCACAGACCAGUUACCUAAAGGCACAGAGUGGAUUACAUAUUGUGGUCCUGAUGAAGAAUUGUACCUUUUUUUUUCUUGUCUUCUGGGAAGCUGUCUUACUUUACAAUUUCUAUACCGUGGAUUUUACUACAGAAGACAAGGACUGCAUGUUAUCUCAAUACAAUUUAUACUUUUUAAAAAUAUAUUUAUGCGUAUUCAUAAUUAUAACUAUCAUCUUUUUGAUUUUGUACAUGUAUGGAUUGUGGAGAACACCCUUCAUUUAAGGGUUUGGAUCGGACACUUUAUGUUAAAUCUAAUGUUUCCCUGUCCCAUUACUAGAUGAUGUGGAAAAUAAUAUUGGAAGAGUACUGAAGAACACUAAAAUCAUUACAAUACCGUUUUUGUAACUUCCUGGAGAAGUUACUGUCUUGAAAUAAAAACACUUGAAAAGUGAGAUUGAAAACAUGCAUUAUUAACCACAAUGGUGAAAGAAAUAUUCAGAAGCUUUAGCAUAUAAAAAAAAAUAAUGUACUGUAUAUGAUAUUUUAAAAUUGAUUUUAAAUAUUAAUUUGAUUCUCAAGAAAAGGAAUGUCAAAUGUCUGUAUUGAUUCUCACUAAAUUUUACAAAAAGCUCAUUUGGAAUGAAAGCCAUAAGUAUUGAGAGCUCUUUUAUCUUGUUUUAAUGAUAACACUAAUAUUACAUGAGGUAUAUACUGUAUUUAUAUAUAAUAUACAUUUAGAAAAUUACAAACAAUUUUGAGCAAACAUGAGGGAACUAAAUAAAUUCUAAUGCAACUGGUUUAAUUUGACAUAAAAAAGAUCAGAAAUUUAAUAUUUUAGGUUAGUUGGCAGUUUAAGUUAGUGUGUAUACAAAAUAAAGAUGUACCCCAAAGCACAAAGAAAAUUACAUUUUUUUCAGAAACAUAAUAAUUCUGAAACAUGAAUGGAUAAGUCCAUAUACAUUUUUUAUGUCCAUUACAGUUAUCACUAGUGGAAUAGUUUUAAGAUGGUGAUGAUAAAUUAACUUAAUUUAGUUUAAUUGUCUGGAUUAUUCCUUAAAAUUCUUUAAUCGUGGCCUUGUAGAAUAUGGUCAUCUAUUAAAGGAUUACUAAUGGAUUGCUCCAACAUGUGCUUUUUAAUUUCAUAAUAUAAUUUAUUGCUCACUCUCAGAGACAGGUCUUAGUGUACAAAACAGGGGGUCUCUUGUCCAACCUGCUCAAAGCAACCAAUUCCUUCCCUUCCUCCAAAAAAGCUCUCCUUCACGGUAUAUAGCAGAUAGGAUGGUGUUUGUCUUUUGUGUUUGAAAGAGUUUUCAUUUGCCCAGUGCUGAAUUUCACUGUAACUGAGCACAGAAAUUUCAAGAAUGUUUUAAAGAGACCUCAAUAAUGGAACUGCUGCUUCCAGGUCAAUGUCACUUUGCAAAGGCAAAACUUUGGUGGAGACAAUGGAAAAUUCAUAAAAUUCAAAAUUCAGAAAUCGCAAGGAUGAAAUAAAUCUGUAUAUUUAUGGCUGGGUGAAUACUAAAGUAAUUUUAAACUAUAAAACCUUUCAUACAACACUCCACAGUUCAUUUUUCUAAAUAUCAAUCUCAUAAACUAGAUAUAAACAUUCAAAAUGUCAUUUUAAUCACCAUAUUUGUGUAUGUAUUACUAUACGUAGAAAUUAUUUAGACAAGAUAUGUCACACUAUGCAUAACAUUAAGAACAUUUAACUUGCAUAUAAUUCAUUACCAUGGCAUGAAUUUUUAAUGUGUAGAAAUCGCAUAUCAGAUAGUUUGAUAGGUUCUACACCAUAUGCCAGCUGCUAAUUGCACAAUGCAUUAGCCAUGGAUAUUUCCAAAAUCAUAUUACCGUAUAAUUAUAUAUAUUCAUAUAUAUCACAGCAACUCACUGCAUCUAAGCAGUUUUGAGCCUGACCAGAACCUUGAUGGGAAAGCUAAAGAUGUUGCUGGAAGAGGUGUUAGUGGGGCCAGUAGGGGGUGCUCACCCUGUGGGCUGUGUGGGUCCUAAUGC